AUGAACUCAGUUUGUAAGUUUUCGGUUAGGAGAAUUGGAAAUUUACUUUCUUUAAAUUUAAUAAAGUCACCUACAGCUACUUUGGUGUAUAGAAACCAGCAGGGUUUAAGGAAUUUGAGGAACAUUAACACUUUAAAUAAUAGUGAUUCACCAAAACUUUUUAAUUAUCAUUUACCUAAUAAUAAAAAAUUCUACGGUAGUAAUUUGAGAUAUAGUACUACAACUUCAAAGCCACAACCGACACCGCCUAAAAAUUUUAAAGAAACCGUAAAAAACCGUAACGUUGGGCCCUUUUCAUGGAAGGGAUUAGUAAUAUUCAUUUUAACAGGAUUGGGUUUAUUAGCUUAUUUUAAAAAUGAAAAAAAAAAGGUAUUGGAAAAACGACCGUUCGAAUUAUUAAAUCAAGAUGGAAAAUUAGUUACAGAUAAAGAUUUACUUGGAAAAUUUUUAUUAGUUUAUUUUGGGUUUACUCAUUGUCCCGAUAUUUGUCCUGAAGAGUUAGAUAAAAUGUCUAAAGUCAUUGAUAUCAUAAAUAAUGAAAAAGAAUUUGGUGGUAAUGUUCUAACACCAAUUUUUAUAUCUUGUGAUCCAAACAGAGAUACCGUUGAAGUAGUUCGCGAGUACAUUAGAGAUUUUCAUGAGGACAUGGUAGGAUUAACAGGAUCACACGAACAAAUAUCUAAAGUGGCCAAGUCAUAUAGAGUUUAUUAUAGUCAACCACCACAAUUACAACCAGGUGAUGAGUAUUUAGUCGAUCAUAGUAUAUUUAUUUAUUUAAUGAAUCCAGAUGGAGAAUUCGUUGAUGCUUAUGGUAAAAAUGUUGAUGCCGAGCAAACUGCAUCGAGUAUUGUAAAUCAUGUAAAAGACUUCUUAGAAAGGGGAGGUGUUAUUAAAAAAGAGGAAAUUAAGUGA